UGUACCUAGAAGUCGAAACAACAAAACAAGCAGCUGAGGCCGUGGCGGGGGCGCCGGGACGGGGGAGGGGCGCGCCGGAACCGGAACCGACCUGACGCCGGAACCGGAACCGAGAGCGGGUUGCCAGGGCCCGAAGAGGGCUGGCGGCGGCGGCCUCGCUCGGUGAGUGGGGCGGGCCGCUACUCGCGUGUUUGGCCGGAGCAGGGAGGACGCGACGCGGGCCCGUGGCGGCCUGUUCAAGGUCACGGCCUGUGCCAGCCCCCGCUUCUGGAGCCCCGCAGAGUGCGGGGCCCACCGAUGCAGGCGGGGCAGUUACGCUACGCGUGGGGCCGGCCUCCCGCUUCAGAAAGGCUGUCGCUUCCUUGCUGGAGAAUUUGGUCACAAAGAAUUGCCAAGAUAGCUGGGCCAGGAAGAAAGCGCCGUAGCCCUGACCCAGACGCCGUUGCCGACCCCGGGGCACUCUGGCUGUCGACCAAGCGGCUCAAGAUGUCUGGCGGGGCCAGUGCUACAGGCCCAAGGAGAGGGCCCCCAGGACUGGAGGAGGCCACCAGUAAGAAGAAGCAGAAGGAUCGAGCCAACCAGGAGAGCAAGGAUGGAGAUCCUAGGAGAGGGUCAGCAUCCACUCCUCGGGAGGAGCAGACCAAAGAGGAGCUGUUGCUGGAUUGGAGGCAGAGUGCAGAUGAGGUGAUUGUCAAGCUGCGCGUGGGAGGGGGUGCCCUGCGGCUGGAGGAGGUGGACGCUGCUUUCACAGACACGGACUGCGUGGUUCGGCUUCCAGGUGGUCGGCAGUGGGGUGGUGUUUUCUAUGCCGAGAUAGAGAGUUCUUGCGCCAAAGUGCAGGCUCGCAAAGGCGGCCUCCUGCAGCUGGCACUGUCCAAGAAGGUGCCUCAGCUCACGUGGCCCUCUCUCCUGAAAUCUCUAGGGACGCAGGAGUUGGUGCCGGGGUUGCAGUGCCAGGAGAACGGGCAGGAGUCAUCUCCCGUUGCCCUGGAGCCAGGCUCUGAGCCCCGCCGAGCAAAGCAGGAGGCCCGGAACCAGAAGCGGGCCCAGGGCCGUGGUGAGGUAGGGGCAGGGGCUGGCCCCGGGGCCCAGGCAGGGCCCAGUGCCAAGAGGGCUGUGCAUCUCCGAAGAGGGCCAGAGGGUGAAGGGUCCAGAGACGGCCCUGGACCCCGGGGCGAUGCCCCCCCCUUCCUGGCUGAGCCAGCUACUCAGGCUGAGGCUGAGGAACAGCUCCGGGUACCACUGCUGAACUCCCAGACCUGCCUCCCGGGCUCAGAGGAGAAUCGAGCGCUUUUGGCAGGAGAGAAGGCAGUGUCCUCCAGGAAUGACCCAGUCUCUCCAGCCAUGACCCGGAGCAGAGACCCUGAGAAAGGUGACCGUUCCAGAGAGGAGAUGGCGGUGGCAGCAGACGCUGCGUCCUUGGUGGAUGAGCCCGAGUCCAUGGUGAACCUGCCAUUUGUCAAGAAUGACUCCUAUGAGAAGGGGCCUGACUCGGUGGUGGUGCACGUGUACGUGAAGGAGAUCCGCAGGGACACCUCUCGAGUGCUUUUCCGCGAGCAGGACUUCACGCUUAUUUUCCAGACCAGGGACGGGAACUUCCUGAGAGUGCACCCGGGCUGCGGGCCCCACACCAUCUUCCGUUGGCAGGUGAAGCUCAGGAACCUGAUUGAGCCCGAGCAGUGUACCUUCUGCUUCACAGCCUCUCGCAUCGACAUCUGCCUCCGGAAGCGGCAGAGUCAGCGCUGGGGGGGCCUGGAGGCCCCAGCUGCACGAGUGGGUGGUGCAAAGGUUGCCGUGCCGACAGGUCCAACCCCUCUGGAUCCGGCCCCACCGGGAGGUGCCCCUCACACCCUGACAGGCCAGGAGGAAGCCCGGGGUGUGGAGAAGGAGAAACCCAAGGCUCGAGCUGAGGACUCGGGGCUGGAUGGCGUGGCAGCCCGCACCCCCAUGGAGCAUGUGGCCCCAAAGCCAGAGCCACACUUGGCCUCGCCCAAGCCCACAUGCAUGGUGCCUCCAAUGCCCCACAGCCCCGUGAGUGGAGAUAGCGUGGAGGAGGAAGAGGAGGAAGAGAAGAAGGUGUGUCUGCCGGGCUUCACCGGCCUUGUCAAUCUGGGCAACACGUGCUUCAUGAACAGCGUCAUCCAGUCCCUGUCCAACACGCGGGAGCUCCGGGACUUCUUCCACGACCGCUCCUUCGAGGCCGAAAUCAACUACAACAACCCACUGGGAACAGGCGGACGACUAGCCAUCGGCUUCGCCGUGCUGCUCCGGGCACUGUGGAAGGGCACCCACCAUGCCUUCCAGCCUUCCAAGUUGAAGGCCAUCGUGGCGAGCAAGGCCAGCCAGUUCACGGGCUACGCACAGCACGACGCCCAGGAGUUCAUGGCUUUCCUGCUGGACGGGCUGCACGAGGACCUGAACCGCAUUCAGAACAAGCCCUACACGGAGACCGUGGACUCCGACGGGCGGCCCGAUGAGGUGGUGGCUGAGGAAGCAUGGCAGAGACACAAGAUGAGGAAUGACUCUUUCAUCGUGGACCUGUUUCAGGGCCAGUACAAGUCGAAGCUGGUGUGCCCUGUGUGUGCCAAGGUCUCCAUCACCUUUGACCCGUUCCUCUACCUGCCAGUGCCCUUGCCACAGAAGCAAAAGGUUCUCCCCGUUUUCUAUUUCGCCCGGGAGCCCCACAGCAAGCCCAUCAAGUUCCUGGUGAGCGUCAGCAAAGAGAGCUCCACCGCGAGUGAAGUGUUGGACUCCCUCUCUCACAGUGUCCACGUGAAGCCCGAGAACCUGCGUCUGGCCGAGGUGAUUAAGAAUCGUUUCCACCGUGUGUUCCUGCCCUCCCACUCCCUGGACACUGUGUCCCCAUCUGACACGCUUCUCUGCUUCGAGCUGUUAUCCCCCGAGUUGGCUAAGGAGCGGGUGGUGGUGCUAGAGGUGCAGCAGCGCCCCCAGGUGCCCAGCAUCCCCAUCUCCAAGUGCGCAGCCUGCCAGCGGAAGCAGCAGUCGGAGGACGAGAAGCUGAAGCGCUGCACUCGGUGCUACCGCGUGGGCUACUGCAACCAGCUCUGCCAGAAAACCCACUGGCCUGACCAUAAGGGCCUCUGCCGCCCUGAGAACAUUGGCUACCCAUUUCUGGUCAGCGUACCUGCCUCACGCCUCACUUACGCCCGUCUUGCUCAGUUACUCGAGGGCUAUGCCCGGUAUUCUGUGAGCGUGUUCCAGCCGCCCUUCCAGCCUGGCCGCAUGGCCUUGGAGUCGCAAGGCCCUGGCUGCGCCCUCUUGCACUCCACUAGCUCCCUGGAGGCUGGGGACAGUGAGAGGGACUCCAUUCAGCCGCCCGAGCUCCAGUUGGUGACCCCUGUGGCUGAGGGGGACACGGGCGUCCCCCGGGUGUGGGCAGCCCCUGAGCGGGGCCCUGUGCCCAGCACCAGUGGAGUUUCUUCUGAGAUGCUGGCCGGUGGGCCCACCGAAGUUGGCUCCCUGCCAGCUGGUGAGAGGGUGUCCCGGCCUGAAGCUGCUGUGCCCGGGUACCAGCACCCAAGUGAGGCCGUGAAUUCCCACACACCCCAGUUCUUUAUCUACAAAAUAGACGCAUCCAGCCGAGAGCAGCGGCUAGAGGAUAAAGGAGACACCCCGCUGGAGCUGGGAGACGACUGCAGCCUGGCUCUGGUCUGGCGGAACAACGAGCGCCUGCAGGAGUUCGUGUUGGUGGCCUCCAAGGAGCUGGAGUGUGCUGAGGACCCCGGCUCUGCCGGCGAGGCCGCCCGCGCCGGCCACUUCACCCUGGACCAGUGCCUCAACCUCUUCACCCGGCCCGAAGUGCUGGCACCCGAGGAGGCCUGGUACUGCCCGCAGUGCAAGCAACAUCGCGAGGCCUCCAAGCAGCUGCUGCUGUGGCGCCUGCCGAACGUGCUCAUCGUGCAGCUCAAGCGCUUCUCCUUCCGCAGCUUCAUCUGGCGGGACAAGAUCAAUGACCUGGUGGAAUUCCCUGUUCGGAACCUGGACCUGAGCAAGUUCUGUAUCGGUCAGAAAGAGGAGCAGCUGCCCAGCUACGACCUGUAUGCCGUCAUCAACCACUACGGGGGCAUGAUCGGCGGCCACUACACUGCGUGCGCACGCCUGCCCAGUGACCGCAGCAGCCAGCGCAGCGACGUGGGCUGGCGCUUAUUUGACGACAGCACGGUGACCACAAUAGACGAGAGCCAGGUCGUGACGCGUUACGCCUAUGUACUCUUCUACCGCCGGCGGAACUCUCCCGUGGAGAGGCCCCCGCGGGCAGGUCACUCUGAGCACCACCCCGACCUAGGCCCUGCAGCUGAGGCUGCUGCCAGCCAGGGACUAGGCCCUGGCCAGGCCCCCGAGGUGGCCCCCACGCGGACAGCCCCUGAACGCUUCGUCCCCCCUGUGGACCGCCCAGCCCCCACCUACAGCAACAUGGAGGAGGUCGAUUAGCAGGUCCCCGGCUGGUGGGGGAACUGGGCUUGGGGAUCCCCCACAGAGGGCCAGCUCUUUGCCGCUUCUCCUUCUCUAACCCAGAGGCACUGGCUUCAUCAAAGGGGAGUUGGGGGUGCGGUUCGAGGGUGGGAACCUUACAGGUUGGGGCCUCUUGUCAGCUCGAACCCCCAACCAGUGGGCCUUGGUUUCUCCAGCCACCCUCAGUGCUGGGUGAUUUGACUCUCAGUUGUACCUUCAAUUCUUUCUGACUCGCAUUAUAAACGUUAUAAUUUUAUUCUAAAAAUUGUAAUUUUUUUUUGCAUUUUGGAAGUGAUUGCUGCUGUUUAAAUAUAUUUUAAAAAUAAAUGAUAAAUACGCA